AUGCUCCCACUCAGAACUGCUGGUCGAGCACGGCUUACUACCGCCUCUAGCUCCUCUUCACCUUUGCUGCGCCUGGUGGCACAGCGAUAUCCAACAGCUCUCCGAUGCUACACCACCCCCUCCACUCCUCGACAAUCACCACCAGCUGCUCAAUUAGCAGAAGCCGAACCUUCAUAUUACCACCAUGCCACUCGACAAUCACUUCCACAACCACUUGAACCACGUAUCCGAAUGGAAACCUCUCAAUAUCCAGGUCGAACACAACCCUUACUUCAUCUUCCUUCCCCUUUACCAACAGACAUCACACCGAAUCCAAAUUCCCCUCAAUCCACUCUUUACCCUCCGACAGGUGUCAUCGAUUCCAUUUCCAUGAUAUCGAUUUGUCUUAGAAGACCAGAACAUGUCCCUCGAGCGUAUCAAAUUUUCAAGCAAUUGCUUGAAGAUUCGGCAUCCGGCUUGAGACGUGUUCCAGAUGCCGAAGUAUGGGCAAGAGUGAUUGAAGGUGUUGCAAGUCUAGGUAAAGAAGUUGAAGGGACACCUUGGGAGAACUGGAGAAAGAGAGCGGAAAGAUUGGUAUCUCAAUGGGAAGGCGCAAAUGGAUCGUGGGGAACACAUCAGCCGGCAGGUCUGGAAAAGGGAGGGUUGAAGGUCUACCAAGGGUGGUUUAAUGGUUUGAUCAGCUCGCAAGCUUCCCUUGAUCCUCUGAUACCUUAUCUUAACGACUCUGCUUUACCCAUAUCUGUGCUGUUAGAAGGUCUUGAGCCAUCUGCCGUACCACUGGCUUGUGAAGCUGUGACUGAAGCAGCUAGACAACAUAGUAUGGUACAUCUCGAAGAGUCUGUGAAGGAUUUUCAAGGUGUAGAAAGACAGAGGAGAGAAGAGAUCGCUCAAGAAGUGAUCGAAGAGGUCAAGCCUGUUUUAGAGACCGCGGGGAAAACUAAAAAAGCGGAAAAAGCUGGACUAUCUCCCGAAGCUCGAUUCGCCAUAAACAACCUUCGACAAACCCUCUCUCCAAUUUCGACAGCAUCGCUACCUCUGAAUCGUCAAAGGAAGCUGGAAGAGGCAUCUUUGCAGGCCGCUCGUGCAGAACUUGAGGAAUCCGCCAAAAGAAUGGAGGCUGCUAAAGACAGUGUCACUCUGCAGCGGUCACAACUACAAGGGUGGAUGCAUGGGUGGCUUGGUCUGCUGACGACAGAGCUGGAACAGCGGAUCGCAGCCAUGCAAGCUGAAAUGGCUCUGAUGCCUGAUGGUGACAUUGACGCAGCUCCUCCAAAAUACUCCGCCAGUACGAAAAUGAAACGGAAUGUCUUGCUGAUGUACCUUCAACUACUACCCCUCGACAAGUUAGCUUUGAUCACAAUUUUAGAGAUCAUGAGAAUGAGUGGAUCCGGCGGCAUCGCAGAUGGUAUGAAAGCACUUAGAGGAAUGUUGGCUGUAGGAAAAGCUGUGGAAACUGAAUUUAGAGCGGAAACAAUCAAGAAUGUUGCGGGAGUUGAUUCGCAUCACUGGCUGAGAACGAUCGAUCCGCUUACUCAGAAACCCAGUCGUCAAUUGGUUGGAUCGGUAUGGAGGAAGAUAGGAGAACAGGUUAAUACGACCAAAGCGGAUCAAGCGCAUGCAUCAUCAUCCAUGUCAAUGGACGAUGAUUUGCAUCAAGUCUGGACUCCUGCGUGGUCGCAAAUGGCUCAGCUGGGUGUUGGUUCCGAGCUUGUCGAUGCGUUAUUGAAGGUGGCUAAGGUGCAAAGGACGGCAAAGCAUCCGGUAACCGAGGAGGAAAUCACCGAGGAGCAAGCUGCUUUCACUCAUGCGUACGAGUAUAUUCGGGGAAAGAAAUUAGGUGUAAUCAAGCUUAACCCUGUAGUGGCCGCUCGGCUCGCACGAGACGAUGUUGGCGUGGUAAUUCACCCUAAACAUCUUCCUAUGCUUGUUGAGCCAAAACCUUGGACUUCUCAUAAUCACGGGGGGUAUUUGCUUCAUGCAGUUCCGAUCAUGCGAUUCAAGGAAUCCGCUGAACAACAAUCCUAUCUACGACAAGCGUCUAAUGAAGGACAUCUAGAACCCGUCUUCCAUGGAUUAGACGUCCUGUCUUCCACCGCCUGGGCAAUCAACCGUAAAGUGUUUGAUGUUGUUCUUCACGCGUGGAACAAUGGCGACGCUAUAGCCGACAUACCUGCUUCAGAAGAAAAGUCACACUAUGUGAUACCGGAAAAACCCGAUUCAAGGGAUCAAGAUCCUCUAAAACGAUCAGUAUACGUGGACAAGAUGAAGAGCGUGAUGGGCCAACAGAGAAAAGAUCACGCUGAGAGGUGUAAAUUCAAUUACAAUAUUGAAAUCGCUCGAUCGUAUCUAAAUGAUACCUUUUAUCUUCCGCAUAAUAUGGAUUUCAGGGGUAGAGCUUAUCCCAUCCCACCGCAUCUGAGUCCUGUAGGAGAUGAUCUCUGUAGAGGGUUAUUGACGUUCGGCACGAAGAAGCCUUUGGGAGAAGCUGGAUUGAAAUGGCUAUAUAUCCAUUUGGCGAAUGUUUAUGGAUUUGACAAAGCCAGCUUUGAAGAGAGAAGGAGAUUUGCCGAGCAAAGAGAAGCGGAGAUUUUCGAUUCUGCCGAUCACCCCUUAGACGGAAAUCGAUGGUGGCUUCAAGCCGAAGACCCAUGGCAAUGCCUUGCAACCUGUUUCGAGAUUGCAGCCGCAUUACGUUCGGGCGAUCCAAUGAAAUUCGAAUCUUCUUUACCAAUUCAUCAAGACGGUACCUGUAAUGGUAUGCAACAUUACGCGGCGUUAGGAGGUGAUGUUAGGGGUGCCAAAGCUGUCAAUCUGGAGAAUGGUGAUAAACCCGCGGAUAUCUAUACCGGCGUCGUCGAUAUCGUAAACAAGGUCAUCGAGGAGGAUCAACGGAAAGGUGUGGACGUGGCUUUGUUGAUCAAGAAGCCGCUAGGAAGGAAGAUCGUCAAGCAGACCGUGAUGACGACUGUCUAUGGUGUUACCUUUGUCGGUGCUAGAGAACAGAUUGCCAAGCAACUUGUCGCUCGAGGUGAUUUUGCUCAUGAGCACGUCUUUAUGGUUUCUGGAUAUGUCGCCAAGACAGUCCUCAAUUGUAUCGGUGAUUUGUUCUCCGGAGCCAAAGCAAUUAUGGACUGGUUGACCACAUCUGCUAAACUCAUCUCACGAUCUGUACCUGCCGAUCGAGUCAACGACGCUGCCAAUAAUCUGACAAUGACGCUACGAAAUGGAAAAGUGAAAUCUAGAGCUACGAGAGAAUUCAUGACUUCUGUAGUAUGGACAACGCCAUUGGGUUUACCUGUUGUUCAACCAUAUCGAAAAGCUCAGAAGAAACAAAUCAUGACCGCUCUACAAACUGUCUACAUAUCCGAUCCCAACGCUCCUUCCGAGGUCUCACCUCAAAAACAAGCUACAGCUUUCCCGCCUAAUUUCAUCCAUUCAUUAGAUGCCACUCAUAUGUUAUUGACGGCUCUAAAGUGUAGGCAAAACGAUAUCGCCUUUGCCAGUGUACACGAUUCAUAUUGGACACAUGCCGCGACAGUUGAACCCAUGUCAGAUCUAAUCAGAGACACUUUUAUUCAUCUUCAUUCGCAAGAUCUGGUUGGUGAAUUAAGACAAGAGUUCAUCGAGCGAUAUGGAGAUCACCGAAUACCAGUACAGAGCGCCAAGACAAUUUCAAGUACCGCCGCUAAACGUAAAGAAGCAGCAAUCGUACGACAAAAGCAAAUGUCAGCUGUUCUAGGUGACUUAUCAGACGAAACCAACUCACCUGAAUUCGACAAACAUACUCUCGACGUCGAAGCUGAUAUCAUAUCAUCAUCCGUUGAAGAAGUAGAAGCCAAAGCUGCGGAUUCAAUGGGAUUACCGGUGGAUAAGUUGAUUUCUUCAGCAACAGCGGGCCCAGAAAAAGUGAAAAUCGAUUUGAAAACUGAAAAAAUAGGUAAAACAAAUUGGGUCAAAUUCGGCGAUGUCUUACCUCCCUGUCCACCAAGAGGAGUUUUCAAUGUUGAUAGAGUUAGAGAAUCCGCUUAUUUCUUCUCAUAA